GGCGCGCCCUCCCUGCCCACACCGGGGAAGGAUGGGUGUGCGCGAAGGGCAGAGGAGGCGUGGAGGGUCGAGACAGGAGAUCCUCCCCACCAUCUCCGGGAGGAGGCAGCGGAGAGAGGGGCCGCAACACGGCUCCGACACCGGUCUCGGCGCUCCCUCCGGUCUAAGCAUCACUCUGCCCUUCUCAAAGAUGGCAGCGCGGGAUUCGCCCCACUCCAAGAUGGCGGCGGAGGAGCCCCGCCCCGGGGCGGCGGAGCGGCGGCGGCCGGGGUGUCCUUGCGGCGGGCCCGGGGCUCGGGGCGCGGGACCAUGCUCGCCUUGGUGGCCAGGGCUGCGCACAUUGUCAGGUGGAAGAGGAGACCCACACAGACCGAGGGAGAGCUUUACGGGCUUUUCUGUCCUACCAGCCAUGGAUAGGAAGCAGAAGCAAGCAGAGAAGGCCAGGCCCUGUGGCCUGCUGAAGCAGACAGCUCUGAACAAGAUCCCAGGCAGAUUCCAGCUGCACCAGGAAGCACUGCCCUACCUGCCUGUGCCACCACUCCAGCAGACCCUGGAUCGGUACCUGCUGGCCCUGCAGCCCAUCGUGAGCCCCGAGGAGCUGAGCCACACACAGAAGCUGGUGGCUGAGUUCCGCAAGCCGGGAGGCGUCGGGGAGAGGCUGCAGAAAGGCCUGGAGAGAAGAGCCAAGAAAACAGAGAACUGGCUCUCAGACUGGUGGCUGAAGACAGCUUACCUGGAAUAUCGCCUGCCGGUUGUGGUCCACUCCAGCCCAGGUGUGGUUUUACCUAAGCAGGAUUUUCUGGAUCGACAAGGUCAGCUCAGGUUUGCUGCCAAGCUGAUCGAGGGUAUCCUGGAUUUCAAGACCAUGAUUGACAAUGAGACCCUUCCAGUGGAGUACAUGGGUGGGAAGCCUCUCUGUAUGAACCAGUACUACCAGAUCCUCUCAUCCUGCCGCAUUCCCGGCCCCAAGCGGGACUCCAUUGUCAACUAUGCCAAAGGCAAAAAGCAGUCCAGACACAUCACAGUCGUUCACAACUUCCAGUUCUUUGAGCUGGAUGUUUACAACAGUGAUGGAUCUCCCCUUACUGCUGACCAGCUCUUCAUUCAGCUGGAGAAGAUUUGGAACACCUCCCUCCAAACAAACAAAGAACCUAUUGGGAUCCUCACCACCAACCACCGAAACAGCUGGGCAAAAGCCUACAACAACCUCCUGAAAGACAAGACCAACAAGGAAUCCGUGCGUGCGAUUGAGAAGAGCAUCUGCACCGUGUGCCUGGACGCCCCCAUGCCCCGCGUGUCCGAGGACAUCUACAAGAGCCGCGUGGCCGCGCAGAUGCUGCACGGCGGCGGCAGCCGCCUCAACAGCGGCAACCGCUGGUUUGACAAAACCCUGCAGUUCAUCAUUGCUGAAGAUGGCUCCUGUGGUCUGGUAUAUGAGCAUGCUCCCUCUGAAGGCCCACCCAUCGUUGCUCUUCUGGAUCACAUCGUGGAGUUCACGAAGAAACCCGAGGUGGGCAAAUCAUCCACAGUUCCUCUGCCAAUGCCCAAAAAGCUGCGGUUUAACAUCACCCCAGAAAUCAAGAAUGACAUAGAGCAGGCAAAGCAAAACCUCAACAUAAUGGUUGAAGAUCUGGAUAUCAAAGUCAUGGUCUUCCAUCAAUUUGGGAAAGGGUUCCCCAAGUCAGAGAAGAUAAGCCCUGAUGCUUUUAUCCAGCUGGCUUUGCAGCUGGCAUACUACAGGAUGUACGGCCACGCCUGUGCCACGUACGAGAGCGCGUCGCUGAGGAUGUUCCGCCUGGGCCGCACCGACACCAUCCGCUCCACCUCCGUGGCCUCCCUCAAGUUUGUGCAAUCCAUGGACAGCCCUGACAAAUCGGACCAGGAGAAAGCAGAGCUGCUGAGGAGAGCCACACAGGCCCACAGGGAAUACACAGACAUGGCCAUUCGGGGCAAUGCCAUAGACCGGCACCUCCUGGGGCUGAAGCUCCAGGCAAUCGAGGACCUGGUGAGCAUUCCUGAGCUCUUCAUGGACACAGCCUAUGCUGUUGCAAUGCACUUCAAUCUCUCAACCAGCCAGGUCCCAGCCAAGACAGAUUGUGUGAUGUGUUUUGGUCCCGUGGUUCCAGAUGGCUAUGGAGUCUGUUACAACCCUAUGGAGGAACACAUCAACUUUGCAAUCUCAGCCUUCAAUAGCUGCGCUGACACAAACGCAGCCCGCAUGGCACAUUAUCUUGAGAAAGCACUGCUAGACAUGAGGAUCUUGCUCCAGGCUGCUCCCAAAUCCAAACUGUAAGAGGGAAACCCCCAGUGAAAUGGGCUAUCCCUGAUGCACUGAAGCUCCCAGUUCCUCAGAAAACCAUUCAGAGAACAGCCUGCCCUGGAACCUAUGAAGAUCUCGACCAUUUGUUUUCAGCAAAAUGUUACAGAAGAGCCACCUGCAGCUAUCAGACUCUGUAGUGAGAGGAAACACUGUCUCAAACCAAAGCAGAACUGACAGGGCUUCUCCCAUCAAUGCAAAAUGCACCUUCCUGUCCUCAAAGAGGACUCAAAUAUGAUUUUUAUAAAAACUACUGUAAGGGAAUACAGAAAGCACAGUCCUUACCAGUAUCUAAAUCCAUGUGGUGAGGAAGGUAGUUCUUGUCCAUGAAAAGCAGGGAAUGCUUCUUGUAUAAUAGAACUAUUCUAAGACCAAGUAUUUUUCCUGGUUUCAUCUUCUGAAGAGCAUCUUCCCAUCUUGACUGAAGAUGUUUCUACUGCUCCAGCAAAACUUCAUCAUUCAACUUCAGCAAGGGGAGAAGGAAGUUAAGCCAGAGCAGACGCAGUCUCAUGAAGAGAACACUGCACUACUUAUCCCAGACACUCCAACCAGUACAGGCUUUACAGGAAUGUUCCCUUCCCCUUGUUCAGGACACUGGGAUCUCAUUCCUCUGACACUGACCCUCUUAACAACAGAACAUGACUCAAUAGAAAUUAAGGUGACUGUUUCAGGUUAUUUUUGUUGUUCUUGCUCUGGGCUUUUUGUGAAGCUUCCUGCCAUGGUCUUACCAUUGAUCUUCCAGCUCAGCCUAAAGCUUUUUCCACUCUCCUCAUGUAAGUUUUUCCAGCUUUGGCUUUAUGUACCUCCACAUCUGCAGAGAUGAGAAGGGAUUGCCUAUGCAUUUAGCAGGACCCUUGCUCUGUUGUACUUUCCUUUGGAGCUGAGGAAAAGAAAAAGAUGCUGACUCUGUUUGCUAACAAGCCACGUGCCUGAUGUCCUUCAGGACACACACAUUAACCUAAUGUGGUUUCACACCUUGCUUUCAGAAACAGCAUUUUGUGCACAGUGUUAUGCCUGAGCUGUGGACAAAUAAGGAACUCCAGAACAUACUUCCAUCCCUGGCCCACAGAGUUGAAAUCUGUUACAGGCCAAAGGAAAAACAGCUGCAGAAACCCUUCUUUCACAUCACUCUGCUGUAACAAGGCAGAAAAUCUUCAAAAACAGGAAGAAAAUGGGGUACACAUGGACUUGUAGAUUACUUUCUGCACUGUGGCAGCCACUGUUCCUGCAGUAACAGGACAGCACCUUUUCUACCACUCCAGGGAGUUAUUUCUAACUGAGAUAUUACUGCAGUUUGUGCCAGCUUUAUUCUGUGAGUGAUCUAAUAUGAUAUUGUUUUUAUGUUCAGUUGACAAACUUGAGACAGUAAAAGUUUAUAUAUAAACAUCAACAUACAAUGGUAGCAUAGGAAUUACUUCCAACCAAUCUGCCAGAACCCAAGCUCCUGACUAUGCUUUUAUUUAGUAAAACCAUAUGGUAGUAAAGAAUUCUAGUGCUAUUUCUGCAGUAGGAAUUCUGUAUUUAAAUUGCACACUCUUCAAGAUGUGUCUGCUGGGAUGUCACCAUAAACAAGAAGCAUUAGGAGUGUGAUGGCCUGUUUUGUUAACAGGGAAAUAAUUGCAAGGGACAUGAUCAAAGUGCCUUGAUGAACAUGUAUGAAGAAAUUUGCACUAAAGCUUUUUAAAGUAAAGAAGAAAAAAUAAUUCUAAUUUGCUUCUGAAAAGAUACAAGCCAAUGCUUUGGCUUUUUAUUUUCUUGAAAGGAUGUUAUUUUAAAGCUUUUAUCUUAUACCUAAUAAGAUAACAAACCUUAAAAGAG